CGAGUGUGCGCCCGGUGCCCGUUAUCUGCACAUCUGCAUUGUGGUCCUUCGCCUUCGUCCUCGACACCGUCCACGGUGAACUUAUGAACUAGCGAAGAGUUUAGGUUGAUCGUUGGGCGCGAUCGCGGGUGACGCAAUCGUUCGAUCGGUCUGUGUGUCCCGUGCGCCGGUGACAAUGACCGGCGGUGGUCCCGAUACCUACACCGCCGCCCGUUAGCGAUAGUGCAGUUUCCUGGGCGUGAGAGUCUUGGGCCGAGAUGUCGACGGCGGUUGCCGAUGGCGAGCCGGCCACAGUAACCCCGGCCGGUAACGGCUCGGCGAGUGGACCCCGUGUCUCCUUCAACCGAGACGUCCAUGUGAAGCGUAUCGGCCCCCGUACCGAGCCGACCCGUGUCCAGACCCCGAACGGCGCGGUCCGUAAGGAACUCCCGGAAAACCUCUCGCAGGAAGCGCUCCGCAAGGAGGCUGAGUUUGUGCUUGCCCAGGCCGACAGAAUCGACCGUCGGACGCGCUCCAACAGUGCCGGAAGUCCACUGUCGUCGGGCGCACCAGCCGCCAACCUCAGUUCAGAUCGCUUCAACUCGCUCCCGUCGCGCACGAAGUCUCGCACGAAGCGAGUGACCCGCUCGUCGAGUGACGCCGCGUCGAAGAAGCCACCGGCCAGCGGCAAGGGAGGUCUGUUGAAUCUAUUCGGCGGCCGGAAGUCGGCCGCUUCGGCACAGGAUGAGCCACCGUUGAGCGCUCCACCACGCUCCACUACCAACCUUGGGCGGAGCAAGAGUGACGUCGGUAGUUCGGCUGGCGGCGUGAGACCACAGACGCCGGGUCGGGCACAGCAACGGACACGGGUGCCUCGCCGGGCCACGCAGGAGUUGGGUGAGUUGCGAUCGAUCGGCGGGAAAAGGCAUGAUCCACUGACACCGAUCAUCGAGGCCGCAACACCGCUGGAGAACGCACCCCAGGUCGAUCCGCUUACGGCGUUCGUGCACCGUGCACGGGCCGUGUCCGAGGAACCUCAGGGCGCAGGGCGAAGGACCCUGGCCAAUAACGCCUUCGCGCACCACGGCAUGGAAGCCGGCUCGAGGUCCGUGGGGAACUUGCACAGCUCGCAGCUACCGCCGGAGAAGCCGCACCUCACGAAGGGCGUCACGGUCGAGAGUAUCGUGAAGCGGUUGUCCAGCGAGCGGCAUUCAUCGCCCCCACCGGCCCAGAUCGUCAGCGGAGGCUUCUCCUACACCCGGCACACGCCGGCACCAAGCGGCACCGAACCCGAGCCCUCGUGUCGGACCUUUACUACCUCCGAGCGAGAAUCGGCCAAGAUGAGACCCUCGACCGGGUUCCUGGAUGCGACGCAGCGGCCCAGUCCGCCGCUGCCCAAGUACCGACUGGACGAGGCGGACCACUCGCCGCGCUCGUUGUUCCGCACCGUGCGCCACACCAACAGCGACGAAGACGAGGGGCUCGGCGGCAUCGACUAUAGCCGCCACGGCCAUGGCCCAGUGCCGCGCUACAAAUCCUCGGCCUACCUCAGCACCUCAGGGCCGGGCCUAUCGCAGUCAGCCAUACCGCCGCCACAGGAGCGUACGUCUCCGAAGGCGUUCUUCAGCGCCUCGGACGAGGAUCAUCUAAUCACGCCCCAUAUCCGCUCGACGCCGGUAUUCGGCGAGCGGGGCAGCUACACGACGAGCAGCUACACGAUGCACUACCGCGGUCAGGCCGACGGCAAGGAGCACCUGCCGGAGUUCCACGAGCUGGCCCAGCGCCGCGAGAUCCUCGAGUCCCGGAUCCGGUCGCGGAUCGGUUCCCGGGAUCUGCUCGAUCGGUUGUCGCCGGAACGGCCCGUACCUAUCCAGCUCCAGACUGCCGGGAGCGCAGGAAACGGAGUACAUUACCGGACCACGGUGGACCGGCUGCUGCAGCGUGAGUCGCCCCGCCGGACCUUAUCGCCGACGUUCCGGGAGGUGGAUACGGCCGCCCAGAAUGGCCUGAGGGUAACGCGAUCGUCGACCUCCAAGAACUCGUCGGCCGGCGGGUACAUGGAAACGCACGUCACGAAGACGGUCGUCAACCGGGACGGGAAGCCGGUGUCGGAAGAGUAUGUCGAGCGACGCAAGUACCCGGGCGAGGCGGUGGAAGCAGUCAGCACGUCGAAAACGAUCUACGAUCGCGACGGUUCGGCUGGGCGGACCGAGGUGAAGCGCUACAACCGUUACACGCCGGUGCCGGAGCAGCAAACCGGAGUGGGGGCCCGGCACGUCGCCGACAAGGGUGACUCAGGGAUUGAGAACGACUUCCGGAAAGACUCGUUCAACCAGGAGUUUAUGGUGGGGAACAGGUUUACGCUGACGGAGAACGUUGGCGCCUGCGAGGACUUCCUGCGCAUGGAGCGCACCCACACGAACAGCUGCAUGCGCAAACCCCGAGCGAAGUACGCGUACCGGGAGCGAAGCAUCGACGAUGGAUCGAGGUACGAUCCACGUUUGGAUGACAUUUCGACCAGCCGCAGCUACACCCGCGAUCCCGCGAAGCCUUCGCUGAAGGCCGAGAAGAAGACGGGCAGUCUGGCCAAGGUUAAGCAGUUCGUCAGCUCAACGCGCAAGAAGUUGACACGCCUGGGCACCGAGGACAAGCGGGAGCCGCGUUCCGGGUCACGCUCCGGAAGUCUGCGCUCGGACAGUGAUCCGUCACGCGUACCGGACAUCGCCACUCGGCGGCGUCUCUCGACGCCCAAGUCCAGCCCGUCGUCCGCCAAGCGGUCACUUUCGUUCUCCCGGAGCUCCAAAGUGUCGACGGCCAAUAGUGCGGCGACGUCGCCGGACGUGCAGAAGCCACCGUCCACGAAACCGGACUGGUUCAAGUCGUUCGAUCGGCUGUCUCGCAAGAAGCUCCUGUCGAGCUCGAAGACGAACGUAAACGGCGGGGACACGAAGACACUUCCUUCGCCGGCCAAACAGACGAAGAGUUUGCGCUUCUUCGGUGACACCGACACGGAGUACGGCGAGCAGCCGUCCUACCGAUCGGCACGGAGUAAUCUUUCGAAAACCGACAAGAAAUAUCGCAGUGCCCACGAUCUGGACGCAGCGCCUAGGAUGCGCGAAGCUGCCCGCAACCGCUCGUCCUCGUUGCACAACCUGGACGAAGAGGAUGAGCUGAAUCUGCGGGGCCCAGGAUACCGUACAAUGGAACAGCACUCCAGCACCCUGAUUCGCACGAGAUCGCCAUCGCCGCCACCGUUAGCCCCGUACAGUCGGCAGGAGCGGAGCAUGUCGCGGAACCGGACACACCACCGGUCCCGUGAGACGAACAUUGAUGUGGUGGACACCGACCGACAGCGAUCCCAGACACCGAUGCGCCACGGCCGAACCAGCGAACACAAGAAGCCCCCGGUGGGACCACCGAAACCUGCGCGCACCUUCGAACGGCGGGACAGUUUGAACAGGGACAUUGAUCGGAUUUUGGACAGCUCGGGAACGGAGGGAGAAUCUAGUCAGCAAAGUCAGCGCAGCGUAGUCUUUCUGCACGCCACAACUGUUGGAGAUAUUCCACAUCCGCAGAUCGCGAAUGCCCGCCGGCGGGCGUAUUCCCGCGAGUCCCUCAACCAGUCGGUUGCCUCGUCGAAGAAGGUUCAGCCUAUGACGCGUACCGUGUCCCGCUCCAUUUCGGUGCUGGCGCCCUGGAAGCCGAAGAACGUCCGCGAGGGCUAUGAGAUCGACUACCACAAGGAGCAGCAGACGAAACCGAUCUCAACGCUGCCACGUCCGGGAACGUUGAACCGCGCGAAUCGUGAUCGCCGUCAGCCGGCCCGGGACGAUCCGGACUCGGACAAGAGUUCGGCGUUCGAGCAAUCGGCGGGACGCUCCAGUGUCGCCUCGGAGCAACGUCGGCCGAUCGGUGGCGGAUCGGGAGCCACACCGUACGCCUCGACCACGUUGCCUAGCUCGCGGCGCGUGAAGGACUCGAUCGCCCACUACCCAUCGCGUACCGGUGGCAGUGGGUCAAACCUCAAGUACCGUCGAUAGUCGACCAGAGCACAACACUCAACGGAGGCGAAUAUACUUUAUUGGAUUUCACUGUGACGGCGUACUGGAGGAUUACGGAAAGUAAAAAAACGACAAGAAGUUUGAUGUAACCAAUACGAAACGUAGAGCAGGCCGGUUCCGCCGUGUUCCGCUAUCUUCAACUCCCGCACUGUGCCCCGUUUAACAGCACUUAAACAAACAAAGUCUAACUAGAUAUUGGUUUUCGCGCCACUUACGACUGACCCCUUAGCGAAGCGUACCCGAGAUGGAUAAAGUUUUCCUUUCUUUUUAUUUUAUUUCGUUCAGGAUUCUAAUAAUCUAAUAAAGAAAUAUGUAUCGCGCGACCCGCAAACAAU